GUAGGUCAUCUCGACCUUGCUCUGUUCAAGGGGUAUGGUCAGAAGGUAUUCGCUAUGAAAGCCUUCGGCAGCAAGCGAGAUGGGAAUGCUUCGAGGAUGCUGUUUCCGAUUGAAUUCCUCAGCAAGACCAAUGGGUAUAGGAAAAGUGGUCAAUUCCCGACGGUUGCCUCUGGUCACCAGCUCGCGUUACCUCUUGUCCCGUUCGACGCUCCUGUUGAAAGUCUCGCAGGCUUAUCAACGUGCUCUAGCGAUCGGCGGCAGGUUGUGUCGACUCCACAACAACCUGUCUGCGGGAAUGAAAAAGUCAUUACUUACCAGAGGCGUUCGGGUGGUGGGUCAUCCGGAAACGUUCCUAAGAAGAAGGUGCUCGCAAAACCUCCUUUGAAUCUUCCGGAAAGCUCGCGUGCAGGUGCCAGCUCGCGCUCGCGGGACACCUCCCAGCGUCGAAUGGACGAGGAGUCAGACGAUGAGACGGAGGAUGAUAAACGGGUUCACCAAUUGCAUCCCCGGUCAAUAGUGGCGCCAGGGCACACCCUGGGCGAAGGCUCUUGCGAUGUGAAUGCGGGGCGGGAAGAUAUUGGAGGUGACGAAGCCCUCCUGAAGGGCGAUGGAGGAUACGACAAGGAUAAAGGGGAGUGUGGUAGUGGCGAGGACCACAUGGAGUGCAAAAAGGUUGGGGUGCGCUGUGGCAGUAUGGUGGUUCGGAAAUGGAAGACGAGGAAUUGGAAGAUGAAGGAGGAGAUGCCGGUGUUUCCGCGGGGCCUGCUUCCAAGGGAAGAGGAAAACGCCCAGCGCCAUCGUCGCCGACGCGAGCUGCGCCUAUGAAGCAGGCUCGAAGGAAAGUUGUGGACGAGGCUCGGGUCGCCUUGGAUGUAUCUCAAGGGACACUUGGUGAAGCCGAUGUGAAAUGCAAAUCAAGUGCUCGGAAUGGC